GUACUUGUAACUGGUACCGGACCAAUGGGUUGUGUUCCAGCAGAACUGGCCCAGCGAAGCAGAAAUGGCCAAUGUGACGCCGAACUCCAACGAGCUGCAGGCCUUUUCAAUCCACAGCUUACUCAAAUGCUACAAAACCUCAACAGGAAAAUAGGCAGGAAUGUCUUCAUUGCUGCAAACACAGAACUAAUGCAUAAUGAUUUCAUCAGCAAUCCCGGAGCAUAUGGAUUUGUUACCUCGAAGGUAGCAUGUUGUGGUCAAGGUCCAUACAACGGGCUCGGGCUAUGCACACAGUUGUCCAACUUAUGCCCCAACAGAGACCAGUAUGCUUUCUGGGAUCCAUUCCAUCCAUCUGAAAAGGCUAAUAAAAUUAUUGUCCAGCAAAUCCUGACCGGCACAACAGAAUACAUGACGCCGAUGAACCUAAGCACCAUUUUAGCCAUGGAUUCUAAGGUGUAAUCAUCGACCUCAAUGUUCAUCCGUGUCAGUGUUUCAUUUUUAAAAAAAUUUCAGACGCCAAUAAGUCCAGUUGUUUGUACACCUGCAACAUUUUCCAGAAGUAUCAAAAGGAAUUUCAUAGCAAUGUCCUUGCUAAGAAUUACCAAAAAGUGUGAUGUAGUUCUACAUUGAUAGGAAAUACGUACCUAAAGGCUAAAAGUGUGUCGAUUGAAAUGUUAAUAAAAUUCACCGGAUGUUUUCAGCACCAUUUAUUUGA